GUGGUUUAAAGCCUAAAGCCAGCAUGGCCACUUCCGGGAAAUGACAACUGGAGAUGUCAAUAUCAAAAUCUUGCAUAAAUAUCAUUAGAUGUACAAUUUGUAUGCCAUUUCGUAUGCUGAAUAUGUGGUGGAAGACAAAUCUAGCGAAUUCCAUAAAUAGAAUCAACGCAUUAAGUCGGUCAAGAAAGAUAAUUCUGGGACUUUUUGUACUGUUGGUGUUUCUGUAUUAUAUUGGACCAAAAUUAUUUGGAUUUGGAUCUAAGAAAUCCUCACCAUUAGUUGAAAGUGUUUGUCUAAACAGUAAACUUACACCAUAUAGAAAUGGGUUAGAUCUGCUAGACAAUGUUUUAAACUAUGUACCAGAAAUGACUACACAGAAAAACUACCCCAUGUAUGUAGGCAAUGGUUACAUUGCGGCAUCUUUUGACAGUCAGAAUGGACUUUAUAUACGUCUGAACAGGGCUUUAUCAUUACCAGUGCCUUAUUACCCAAUAGUUGGUACAAAUAUAGAAAGGGUAUCCAGAGAGGAGGUAGACGUUCUACAGCUGAGACAAGGCAUUGCUAACAGAUUACAGAUUUUUAAUGCU